AUGGAAACAAAACCCCAAAGCGUGGAAAAUUUUGAGCAAAUAUUGUGGAAUUCUGAUGAUCUACUUCUGGGUUCAGGCCAUGUCAGGUCUUACACAUGUAGCUUCUGCAAGAGAGGAUUUUCAAACGCACAGGCGCUGGGAGGUCACAUGAAUAUUCACAGAAAAGAUAGGGCCAAGCUCAGACAAUUCGCCCAAGAAAAUCUGCUUUCAUUGGACAUUGCAAAGACAUGCUCCAUCGAUCAACUGCAAGAUGUAUUAGAGGAGAAAAGCGCAGUCAUAUUAGAAUCUGUUGAACAAAAAAGUUGUACCCACAGAAGACCAUACACUCUCUCCAGAAAAGACGAUCGCAGCACUACUCCUAUAAGUAAAGAUGCUGAAGAACUACAGCAGCUGCCUUUCUUCUCCGAGACUCCAUCAUCAAGUAGUACUUGCACCAGAGAGAUCAAUGAAGAAAAGAGGAUGCAGUUGGGUCAUAGUUCUUCACGGCUAGAGGUGGACCUUGAGUUGAGGUUAGGACCCGAGCCUCAAGAGUCAUCAGCCACAAGUACCAUUAAAUUUUUUGGUCCUUCAACCAAAUAG